AUGGCUACUAACAAUUCUUUCCAUCAUUUCAGUCAUGGUCAUCAUGAUCUCGUUCUAGCGGUGGACUACAAUUUCUACGGCACGCGCAUGGUGACCGCGUCAUCAGACCAUCGAUUGAAAGUCUGGGACAGAAAGGACGAUGGAUGGACGGUAACCGAUGUCUGGAAAGCGCAUGAUGCCGAGGUUACCGAUUGGAAUGGUCCCUUUGUGGGCGAGAUCAUAGGGAGUGUCGGAGAAGACGGUCUGUUACGGAUAUGGCAGGAGGAUUUGCUUGAAGCACCUCUUUCUGGCCGUAGGUUCAAGAGAAUCUACCAGCAACCUUCAGCAACGCGGGUACCGUACAUGUCUCUGGACUUCAAGAAUAUCGGCAUUGAAACAUAUCUGGCCGUCAUCUCCCGUGACGGGCAACUGACAGUCUGCGAGCCAGUAGAUCACGACAACCUUUCAGAAUGGCAGAUCUUGUGGCAAGAUCAUUUGUGCAAGACCCCGCAAAGGACAGAAGAGACAGGUUUCCGUCUAAGCUGGCAUCAUGAGAAGCUGCCUGCAUGGCCUGCCAUAAUGGCUGGACUCGAUCGCAAGAGCUUGUCGCUAGCCGUUUCGGUCAUGGAUACUGUCAAGAUCUUUCGCAGUGACAAGGACCGCAAAUUCUACACGGCCGCCGAGCUCAAAGGAUCAGACGCAUUGAUACGAGACGUCGCAUGGGCAAAUGGCUCAAUGCGCGGCUUCGACGUGAUCGCGACUGCCAGUAAAGACGGCUACGUUCGAGUAUAUGAGGUGCACACCNCCGGUGUCUCGGAGACUUCAGCAACACAAUCCAAACACACUAUAGAAGCUUCAUCUGGACUCAAAUCGCCGACGCAUUCCAAGCCAAGUCAGUCUGGCAUAGGCGCUGGACUCGCUGGAGGACCACGUAGCGGUAGAAGCGAAGAACAAGGACGCCCGGGUAGAGUCAACCAGGAAGCAAGACUUGCGACCGAGCUUUCUGCCCAUAGUGGUGCGGUCUGGAGGGUCGGCUUUUCACAGAUGGGUGAGGACAAGCCAACUACCUUGCAAAGACCAUGA